AUGGCAAGAAUUUCAUUUAUCAAAGUUCUCUUUACAUAUCCAAUCAUCUUUUACCAAAAUUGCGUUGAACCCUAUGGAUAAGACUGUAAAACACAUCUUUGGAAUCUUCAAAACAGAGUUGUUCCAUGUGAAGGAUAAUGGUUUAUGGGAUAAUUCGGAGGAAGCUCCGACAAACUUAUAUUAUAAUUACAUUAUCCCUAAGAAAAAAAAAUGAGAUUUAAUUUCACAAUGGGGAAAUUUAACAGUUGGGACUAUGAGCCGUUUAUUGUUUAGAUUGAUGAUCUCACGGUCGACUCAUUUACAUAUGGUCCUUUUAUUGGAACUAUCACAAGUAACCUAGGUUAUAUUAUUCUUGAUCCAAAAUCAUAUAAAUUUAUUUAAGAUGCUAGCAGAAGCAGCACAAAAAUUUCUCUAUAUAGUAAUUUAGAUCAGGGACUUAACGAUGGUAUAUUUUAAUUAUUAAGGAUAGAAUCAUGGGGAUUUAGAGAUGUAAGAAUUGAAAUCUUAGAUCCCUGUGUAGAUUUUUUUAGUGAAUGCGAUUUCCAGGGAGAAAAAUUUAGUGUUUGUGCAGGGAAUCAAACACUUUUUUCUAAGAACGUUCCAUUUGUUAUAAAAUCCAUAAGUUUCUAACCUGGAAUUAUAUUGAAAUUAAAGGAUUCAAAAUAUUUUGGGGGAGAUACGCAAACAUACUCCUCAAAUUAAAAUUGCAUUCCUGAUUAUAUAGUAAUGUAAAAUUUAAAUUAGUUUCCAAAAUAUAAGAAGCCAGAAAAAUGA